CUCUGUGAAGGCUUAGCUCAGGAUAGGUGAGGCACACUGCAACAGACAGGAUCAGGACAGCGUCAGUCAGUUCCCUUCUGCCCUCACUAGGUGCUCAUUCACUCUUCAUCACAACUCUACAGAGACAAAGGUAAAGCAUGAAAGCUCAUGUUUUAUUGCUGUAGGCACACAGUAGCAGCAGAGUAGAACAUGGCUGUUGGUUGAUCUGUGGAGUGAUAUUGCUGUGUGUACAAUGACCAACUGCUGGACUGUGUUGGACUCUCAAGCCAGCUCAGUGAGGGGGAGGCAGGGCUUUCUGUGGACCAUGAACCGCUACACCACCCUGAAACAGCUGGGGGAUGGCACCUAUGGCAGUGUGCUGCUGGGAAAAAGCAAUGAGACAGGGGAGCUGGUAGCUAUAAAGAGGAUGAAGAGGAAGUUUUAUUCCUGGGAGGAGUGUAUGAAUCUCAGAGAGGUUAAGUCACUGAAGAAGCUGAACCAUGCCAAUGUGGUGAAACUGAAGGAAGUCAUCCGAGAAAAUGACCACCUCUACUUUGUGUUUGAGUACAUGAAAGAAAACCUGUAUCAGCUCAUGAAAGAACGGGAAGAUAAGAUGUUUUCUGAAAAUGAGAUAAGGAACAUUCUGUUCCAAGUAUUGUCUGGCUUAGCAUUUGUGCAUAAGCACGGUUAUUUUCAUCGUGACAUGAAACCAGAGAACUUGCUCUGCAUGGGCCCAGAGCAAGUUAAAAUCGCUGACUUUGGACUGGCCAGAGAAAUCCGCUCCCAACCACCGUACACUGACUAUGUGUCCACAAGAUGGUACCGAGCGCCAGAGGUUCUGCUCAAGUCCAGCUCGUACAGCUCCUCCAUCGACAUAUGGGCUGUGGGCUGCAUCAUGGCUGAGCUCUACACCCUCAGGCCGCUGUUCCCUGGAAACAGUGAGGUGGACGAGGUCUUCAAGAUCUGUCAGGUGCUUGGAACCUUAAAGAAGACGGACUGGCCAUACGGCUACAACCUGGCUGCUUCAAUGAAUUUCCGUUUCCCAAAGUGUGUCCCUACCAGCCUCAGAUCCUUGAUCCCUAAUGCCAGCGAAGAUGCCAUUACACUGAUGAGAGACAUGCUGCAGUGGGACCCAGAGAAAAGACCAAGUGCUCUCCAGGCUCUACGAUACCCAUACUUCCAUGUUGGCAUUCCACAUUCCAAAAUCUCAGAGCAACACAAAGUCCAGACGAAGAUGAGAGAAGAGGCUGCAGAACUCAGACCUCUGUCCCCUAGACAGAGAGACAUGGAUUCCUGUGAAUCUAGUAAAACCCAGUCAAAGAUGCAGAUGUGUAGCCAGUCUCUCCACCGGCCUCUACAGCAGAUCCUUCUUCCUCAGGACACGGACUCAAACUUCGAGCAACCGGUGCCUCCCAGCGCCAUGUUGGAGGGGCAGCAGGAACCUCUCAGCUUGGUGAAAUCCAGGCCUCAGCCUGUAAGAGCUCUCUCGGGAACAGAGAACAGUGUAACUGGAGUGCGAACAGGGCGCAGACGAUGGGGCCAGACGUCUUUCAAGUCUGUUGACAGCUGGGAUGACUCUGACGACACAGAUGCUGGUGUUUCAAUCUCCAAAAAACCCACAAUUAACUUUCUGAAGAGCAGAUUUCAGGAUUCAAAGGAUAAUACAGUUGUCAAACCACAGAGUAACACAAGCCUGAACAGAUCUCAGGCCUCAACCUUGUCAGCCAAGCAGCACUACCUCCGCCAGUCCAGAUACCUGCCUGGAGUAAAUCCAAAAAGCAAGUCUUCAUUUGGACAGGUGGCCAGCUUUAGUAAAGACAUUAGUUUUUCUAAACUAACAGAUAAACAGCAUCUGAAAGAAAAGCCUCUGGAUGAUCUUAAUCUUCCUAAAGAUUUCUUCAUGAGCACUCCUAAUAACCCAACCAGGAUCUACAAGAGUGAAAAAGGAGCAGGGAGACAGAGGAUCACACUGGCACCUAUAGGACUGGCCUCUGCAAUUGAUCUGUCACCCUCUGCUGAUUUAAGAACUGACCAAAAAAUAAAAACCUCCAAAAACAAGACAUCUCUGCACAAGCUGUCGUUAUCAAAUGAAGAGUAUGAUGGAUGGAUGAACAAAUCUCCGACCCCCCAGAUCCCUGUUUUGAGCACCAGUGCAACAGGCAAGAACACAUUUUCCAAGAACACAAAUCUUCAACCAGUCCAUGGACGAGUAGACUGGACCUCCAAAUAUGGAGGCCACCGGUAGCACAACAGUCCACUGAACUUCACCAGUGACUCAUGGGAAAGGUUCUCAACUGCACUUUUGCCAGGAAAUAAACACUUGAGGGGAGACGUGCUUCAUGCAGCCUGCUGUGUGUCACAGUGUUUCCUGCUAGUCUCUUUGAACAUUUGCCAUGUUUCCAUGUUAUCUGUUAAGUGUUGUUCAGUGUAUCAAUAUCCCAUGACUUAUUAUAGUAUUUUUUUGUUUUUUAAACAGCUUGAAAUUUCAAUAAAGGACACAUUAUAACUCAAAUGACUUGAUUUUUAUUAGCAACAAAUAUAUGGCAGAUAUGUAAAUUUACAAAAGUA